ACUAGUACAAUAAGAGCGAAAUGUGACGGGCGAAGCAUCUCUCUGAUUCUAACCUUACACAGUCUCUAGAUCAGAUCAGAGCUAAGCCUUCUCGGUUCUCAGGGUUUCUUGUAAAAGAAAGGUUCAAAUUAGAAAUCAUGGGUCGCGGAGUCAGCAGUGGUGGAGGACAAAGUUCUCUGGGCUACCUUUUUGGAAGUGGAGAGGCUCCAAAACCUGCCACAAAUAAUGCCGAAGCUCCUCAAAAUCAGGGACAGGUUGCAAGUAGUGGACCUUCUCAGAUGUCUACUGCGGUUGCACCACCAGCGGUUGCACCACCAGCAGUUGCACCACCAGCAGUUGCACCACCAGUGGUUGCACCACCAGCGGUUAUUAAUAAGCAGAUUCCAGCGGGCGUCCAGGGUAACACUACAAACAACUAUUUUCGGGCUGAUGGCCAGAACACCGGCAACUUUAUUACGGAUCGGCCUUCAACAAAGGUCCAUGCGGCGCCUGGUGGUGGGUCUUCCCUAGGUUACCUGUUUGGGGAUGGCAGCAACUGAGGCCUCCAGGCUUCAAUAGUUCCCUGUUUGCCUAGGGCCCUUUGCAGUUGGGGUUUGAACAAUAGUUCUCUCUUUUGGACAUUGCAGAUGUUUGAUUAGUCCUUUUGUAAUAUGGUACUUUCUUCAGUAGGGUUUUGCUCUACAAUGGAACUUGUCAAGUUAGAAUGUGUGGUCGCCUCACCACCCAACUCGGUUUACUGUCAGUUGAACGAAGUUGUUUUGUCAAUUGAACAAUGUUCUUUUGUCGGCCCUAUCCACUUCAUGUUUUUGUGAUUUUUUUCAGGUCAUUGUAUCAUAACUUCUGGAUUUAUGCAUAUUAUUGGCUCGUUAGGAGUAGA